UAUCAUCUUCCAUCUUCAUCUUUCAUCUACCUCAUUCAACUCAACCACCUCAACCAAAAUGUCUUACGGAAACCAGGAAUACGGCGGCGGCGGCUCAGGCGGUAGCAACUACUACGACCAGAGCCAAGAUUUCUCCGACCGCAACGAAUCCCACGGAAACCAGGGCUACGGUGGUUCCAGCGGUGGCUACGGCGGAAACCAAAACUACGGUGGAAACCAGGGUGGCUACAGCAACCAAGGCAGCAGCUCCGGCUACGGCGAACAAACCCAAUCCCACCACAACCGCCGCAACAGCAACAACGGUGACGACUUCAGCAGCGCGGCGCAACACGCACAGGAACACCACGACAGCGGUGCAUCCGGGUCUCUCUUCAACUCCGCAUUGGACUUCAUCAAGGAGCGGAAGAGUCAGUAUAAUGAUUCUGAGGUUGAUGAGGAGCAUGCUGUGAAAUCGCACCAGGCUAUGUAUGGCUCUGGAUCUGGAUCUAGUUCUGGACAGCAUGAUAGCCAGACUCUUGGUGCGGGCGCUGCUAUGCAGGCUUUGAAGAUGUUUACUGGUGGUUCGAGUUCCGGGUCUGAUGGCGGUAUGGAUAAGAAUAAGUUGAUUGGGCUUGCUAUGGCUCAGGCUGGGAAAUUGUGGGAGGAGAAGAAUAGUUCUGGGAAUGUGUCUGGUGAUAAGCAGUCUGCUGUUAACAAUGCUGCCGAGAUGGCUCUUAAGAUGUACAUGAAGAGUCAGGGUGGUGGUAUUGGUGGUACUGGUGGUCCCAGUGGGUUGAUGGGUUUGGCCAGCAAGUUCCUCUCCUAAGGGAUGUAUGCUUAGCAUAGCUUGAUU